AAGAAGCAAGUGAGUCAAACAAAGAUCCGGGUGAUCUCUACCAUCCUCUUUAUCCUGGCAGGCUGCAUUGUCUUUGUGACCAUUCCUGCAGUCAUCUUCAAGCACAUCGAGGGGUGGACAGCCCUGGAGUCCAUCUACUUCGUGGUUGUCACCCUGACCACCGUGGGCUUCGGUGACUUUGUGGCAGGAGGAAAUGCUGACAUCCAUUACCGGGAGUGGUAUAAACCCUUAGUGUGGUUCUGGAUCCUUGUUGGCCUUGCCUAUUUUGCUGCUGUCCUGAGUAUGAUUGGAGACUGGUUAAGAGUCCUGUCCAAGAAGACAAAAGAAGAGGUCGGCGAAAUAAAAGCCCACGCAGCAGAGUGGAAAGCGAACGUGACGGCAGAGUUCAGAGAGACGCGGAGGCGGCUGAGCGUGGAGAUCCACGACAAACUGCAGCGGGCAGCCACCAUCCGGAGCAUGGAGCGCAGGCGCCUGGGCCUGGACCAGCGCGCCCACUCCUUGGACAUGCUCUCCCCAGAGAAGCGCUCGGUCUUCACUGCCUUGGAAACGGGGCGCUUCAAGGCCUCAUCUCAGGAAAGCAUCAACAACAGGCCCAACAACCUGCGCCUUAAAGGGUCAGAUCAGCUCAACAAGCACGGGCAGGGGGCGUCCGAGGACAAUAUCAUUAACAAGUUUGGUUCGUCGGCGAAGAUGACCAAAAGAAAAAACAAGGACCUCAAAAAGAGCAUCCCCGAGGAUGUGCGUAAGAUUUACGAGACCUUCCGAAACUACUCCCUGGACGAAGAGAAGAAGGAAGAGGAGACAGAGAAGAUGUGCAAUUCUGAGAACUCUUCUAGCACGGCAGUCCUGACCAACUGCAUCCAGCAGCACUCGGACCUGCAGAACGGAGUGAUCCCCACUGAAACCAAAGAAAAGGAACACGAAAACAAAGCGUUACUUGAAGACGGGAAUUAAAUGUAAAAGAUGCUUGACUUGAAUUAACAAUGUUAGUGUUUUUAUAUACAUAUAUAUAUUGAGACACGUGCCUUAUACAGACUCCUUAUUCAGUCUGAAUUAUAUAGCAUCGAAGAAUAUUUCACUGUGCCAUAAAGACUCGAGCUUGCUCUGCCAAAACAAAUCAGGAACACAGCGCUGCAGAAUGGCAACAGAAAGCUACGCACACGGAAAUUUCAGUCUGUAUAAGAUUACCAGGGCGAGACACGAAGGAAGAGACUGAACCAUGGCAAUACCACCAUGGCGUGAUACGAGAAAAAGGGCA